CCUAAACUGCUCCCCACAAGCCGCGCAGUUCCGGUUCAAGUGUUGGCCUCGUGCAAGCGCUACAGGGGGAGGGCGCGUGUCUGCGUGUGCGCGCGCGCGCCAUGACGAACCAGGACGUGGUGUUCCCGGACAUGGGCAUUGCGGCGGCCGCGGCCUUGCCGGCCGCCGGCCGCACCCUCUUCGUGUGCCGCGGCGCCGCUGGCGCCGUGUCGUCGCUGCGGGGCAAGUACGGCGGCCUCGGCCUCCCCGGCGCCGACGACGAGUACAUCGAAGCUCGGGGCGCCCCGGCAGCGGCGCACGCGCCCGGCCGGCCUUGCCCCACCAGCUGGGUCGUCGAUGCCAUCCGCGCGUCUUCACCGACCCGCUGCCCCCCCGUCGACGACUAUGCCGCGUGGAUGAGGAAGCACCCGUCGGCGCUGGACAGCUUCGACCAUAUCGCCGCCGUGGCGAAGGGGAAGAAAAUCGUCAUGUUCAUGGACUACGAUGGCACGCUGUCGCCCAUCGUCACCGACCCCGACAUGGCGUUCAUGAGCGCCGAGAUGAGGUCGGCGGUGCGCAACGUAGCGAUGCUCUUCCCGACGGCGAUCGUGACCGGCCGGUGCCUUGACAAGGUCUACAGCUUCGUAGGCCUCUCGGAGCUCUACUACGCCGGCAGCCACGGCAUGGACAUCAAGGGCCCGGGCUCCAAGGACAAGACGGUCCUGCUGCAACCGGCUCGCGAGUUCCUGCCGGUGAUCAACAAGGCUUACAGGGCUCUGUUGGAGAAGACCAAGGCCACGCAAGGGGCCAGGGUGGAGAACAACAAGUUCUGCCUGUCGGUGCACUUCAGAUGCGUGGAUGAGAAGAGUUGGAGCCCAUUGGCCGAGCAGGUCAAGGCCGUGCUCCGGGACUACCCCGAGCUGAAGCUCACCGAGGGCAGAAAAGUUUUGGAGAUCCGCCCGUCGAUCAUGUGGGACAAGGGCAGGGCCGUGGAGUUCUUGCUCAAAUCGCUCGCAUUCGACGACCGUGGCGACGUCCUGCCGGUGUACGUCGGGGACGACCGGACCGACGAGGAUGCUUUCAAGGUGUUGAGAAAGAGAGUUCAAGGUCUAGGCAUCCUUGUCUCCAAGCGCCCCAAGGAGACUGACGCAUCGUACUCCCUCAAGGACCCUACUGAGGUCAUGGAGUUCUUGCACCGGCUGGUGCAGUGGAAGCGUCGGCAAUCACCGUCGGCGACGAUGCGCCCAAUGCCGCUGCAGUAGCACAACGACCGAUCAUUACAGUUGCUGCUAGCCCUGAUUCCGAAGAAGUUUAAGCGUGUUUAAUUAGUUAAUUGUUAGUUAAUCGUACUACCCCUGUAAUAACCCUCCCCUACAUACCAUCAAGUCAACCCCCAAGAUAUGAACCGGCAAUCCUAGUUGUUUUUGCUGUAUGGGUUUGGGAGGCAGGCAUCCAUUGAUCCGUGUGCAAAGCUGUCUGCCGCCCAUAACCCAGGAAGGUUCAUCCCCUGCCUGUAUGAUGAAUGACCAUGACCCUGCACUCCUGGAAAAUGUAACAUAAGAAUUUAUUUUAA